AUGACAGACCACAAAGACAUCAAUGGCGUGGACCAACUCUCCCGCAUCCAAACGGCACAGAGCGUCAACAUCUCGAUGGAGAUGUUCGAGAAGCUGUACCUCAAUCCCGAGAAUCGAGUCCGAGGACAUUUGCGAUCAACAUUCGCCAAUCCUACGCCUUUGCCUUUGCUCGGAUUCUUGAUCGCUUCGACGCCUCUGGCAUGUGCAUUGAUGGGAUGGCGAGGAGCGGGAGGUGGUGGGGCGGCGACAGUUGGAACCUACUACUUCUUUGGCGGUAUGCUCCAGAUCAUCGGUGCCCUGCUCGAAUGGGUCAUCGGCAACACAUUCAUCUACAUCGUCUUCGGAUCGUUCGGUGCCUUCUGGCUGGCAUUCGGAGCGACGUUGACCCCAUACUUCAACGCUGAGGGGGCAUUCACCUCCGGCGCAACGACGACAGCCGAAAUGGAAGCCGGCGUGCAGAGUUUCCAGGCUAGCUUGGGCUUCUUCCUCCUCUUCAUGGGAGUUUUGGUCUUCAUGUACCUCAUCUGCUCCCUGCGCACCAACGCCGUGUUCUUCAUGAUUUUCCUCUGUCUCGACAUGUCGCUCUUUCUGCUGACAGCAGCCUACUGGAAGGGAGCAGAGGGUGACACCGCGGCAUUUGAAAGGCUGGAAGUGGCCGCCGGAGCAUUCGUCUUCGCGUUCUGCAUGUUUGGCUGGUACCUUUUCUUCGCGCAGUUGUUGAGAGCGGUGGAUUUCCCGCUUGAUUUGCCCGUGGGAGACUUGAGUGGGCUGAUCAAGGCGAGGAAGGCGAAGCCUGAUAUUGAGAAGAAUGUGGAGCCGAAGUCGGACUGA